AUGCGUUCUCUCUCAGUCUUUGCGCUAGCGUUAGCUUUAACGCGACACCGUCGACAAACUAUCCCUACGAACUUACCCGGAAAUUGGACAUCCGAAGGAUGUUUCACAGACAACGUCGGGGCCCGUACAUUAUCUGGUGCCACUUUUGCAAACGGGACUGGCAUGACAAUUGAGCAAUGCCUCAACUUCUGUGAUGCCAACAACUUUGUUCUUGCCGGAGUGGAAUUCGGCGAUGAAUGCUAUUGUGACAAUUUCAUUGAAAAUAAUGCCAGUACAACGGCAGCUACUGAUUGUAACAUGCCAUGCGCUGGAAAUGCGAAAGAAGUCUGCGGCGCAGCCAAUCGACUCAACGUCUUCAACUCUGGAAAAACCCCGCCUCCUCCCCCAGUUACCGUCCCAAGCGUUGGCAACUGGACUUCCCUCGGCUGUUAUAGCGACGGCGUCAAUGGCCAGCGCACCCUCACGGUAGGAGUCAACUUAGUGAAUCCGGCAACUGUGGAAGAGUGCACUGCGACCUGUUUCGCUGCCGGAUAUCAGUAUGCCGGCACCGAAUUUGCAGACCAAUGUUUCUGUGACACUGCCAUCACUAAUGGAGGUGUACCUACACCAAUUACCGACUGCAACAUGGUCUGCGCUGGAAAUUCUUCGGAGUUUUGUGGUGGACCGAAUCGUCUCAAUAUGUAUAAUUAUACUGGCGACAAUCUUCCUCCAAUCACUGCGCCUGGAGGCGGGGGUGGCGGUGAUGCCCCCGUUUUCCCGGUGACUUCGGGCCUUCCGGGAUCUUGGAAAUAUGUGUCUUGCUAUGUUGAUAAUGCAUUUGGCCGCAUAUUCGAAUUUGAACAACCCGAUAACGCUAACACCACUGUCGAAGAAUGUAUCAGCGUGUGUUCCGGUCAAAAUUUUACAGUGGCGGGCAUGGAAUUCAGCGUAGUCUGCGGUGAUAGAUUGGUCAAUGGCGCCGUUGUCGCAGAUGAUUCGACAUGCAACAUGGGAUGCGCCGGUAACGCAACAGAAGCCUGUGGUGGACCUAAUCGACUUUCUGUCUACUCUUCAUCAGCAAAUGUCACUGCUCUGCCCGUCCCCACUGUACAAACCACUAAUCUCACUGGUAACUGGACAUAUGCUGGCUGCUACACAGACAACGCCGCAGGCACUAGAACACUUCCAUGGGAGCUUCAACUUACCCUAAACAACUCGGCAGAAACAUGCACAAGUCAAUGUGCUGCAUUUGGGUACAGUGCUGCUGGCAUGGAGUUUGGUAUCCAAUGCUUCUGUGGUGACAUCUCUGAUAUCGCAGCCAACGGUGCAACAUUGGCUCCCGAAAGCGACUGCAACACUCAAUGCUCUGGAGACCCUAUCCAUCUCUGCGGAAGUGGAAACAGACUCCAGAUGUACACUUGGAACGGUGCUCUAAAUGUUUGGCACACACCUGAAAACACUGGAUAUUACGAACUUGUCGUGGUUCCUUUGAUUGCUACCCUCGGGGUAAACAAUAAGGUCACAUUCUUAGAGAAACACGGAACAAGCGAGUUCGACAACUCUACUGGAGCAUACGAACUUGACCUUAGUUUAGUCUCUAAUUUCUCAGCUGCAUGGCGGACUAUGCAUGUCCAAACCGACGUGUUCUGCUCUGGAAGCGUGAUCCUUCCCGACAUAGGAGCUCGACAAAUCAAUGUUGGAGGCUGGUCGCUGGAUUCUACAUUUGGUGUCAGACUUUACACGCCCAAUGGAGUGCCUGGAAUUAAUUCAACUAACGACUGGGAAGAAAACGGCGACGAACUUCACUUACUGGCUGGUCGAUGGUAUCCUUCCGCUUUGGUGCUUUCCAAUGGAUCUAUUUUGGUUAUGGGGGGCGAAACCGGCAGUAACGCAUCACCUCAACCAAGUCUUGAACUUCUUCCUCUUCCCGAAGGGUCAGGCGUCGUACCCCUCGACUUCCUCGAAAGGACUGAUCCGUGGAACCUUUACCCGUUCCUUACUAUGCUUCCUUCUGGUCGAAUUUUUGUUGGGUACUACAACGAGGCCCGUAUCCUUGACCCUGUCACCUUCGAUACCGUGCAAACUCUACCCAACAUACCUGGGGCGGUGAAUAACUUCCUUGCAGGUCGUACAUAUCCCUUGGAAGGUUCUAUGAUUCCCUUCCCUCAAUACGCUCCUUAUACCGAUCCGCUCCGUAUUUUGAUUUGCGGAGGUUCUACUCCUGGACCUGCACAAGUGAUUGACAACUGUGUUUCCAUUGAACCGGAAACAGAAAAUGCUACAUGGACUCUCGAGCGAAUGCCUUCCAGAAGAGUCAUGAGCUGCAUGGUCCCAUUGCCAGAUGGAACAAUGAUGAUAAUGAACGGUGCUAUGGAGGGUGUAGCUGGAUUCGGUCUCGCUUCGGACCCUAACUUCAAUGCCGUCUUGUAUGACCCCACCCAGCCUGUCGGCCAACGUUUCUCGAUUCUGAACAACACAAUUGUCGCACGUUUGUACCACUCCGAGGCCACUCUCCUGCCGGAUGGACGUAUCCUCGUUUCUGGUUCUGACCCGCAGACUCCUGGAUUCCCUGAAGAAAUGCGUAUCGAGGUUUAUGUUCCUCCGUACUUGAACCAAGGCAUUCGCCAGCCAGAGUAUAAUAUCUCUGAAACGGACUUUGGUUACGGUCAAACCUUCCAAAUCACCAACGUCCAGGUCUUCCAUGGCUCGAUCGCGAAUAUCAAGGUUUCGCUUAUUGCAGCUACAUCGAGCACGCACGGAAAUGCUAUGGGCGCUCGUACCAUCUUCCCUGAGUUUUCAUGCUCCGCAACGACUUGCACAAUUACCACUCCACCGAACGCGUUCGUUUCACCGCCUGGCUGGUGGCAAUUGUUCAUUUUAGAUGACGCCAGGACCCCUUCGCACUCCUCAUGGCUUCGUAUUGGUGGUGAUCCUGGACAACUGGGCAACUGGCCAAAUCUUCCUGGGUUUACUCCUCCGGGACUUUAGUAACGGAGGGAAUUCAGGACUUUUGACAUCAUGUUCUUCUUUUUAAUUUCGGAUUGCUUUGGGACUCUCCUUACCUAUGCCAUCUAUUCCUGUCGUUACGAUUGUGUAAGACGAAUUAUUUUCUCACAUUAUAUUACUUCUAUGUAUGGUCCUGGAUAGCUUGUGUGGAGCCGAAAUUGUAUUGGACUUUCUGUUCUCUUUGGGCCUCCAUCGUAAAUCCCAAUCGACAGUCCCUGUCAACUUUGUUUUUAUGAUUCGCAAAAGAUAAAACCUAUUUCCUUAUCGUGAAAAGAG